AUGUUAAAUGAUAAAUUAGAAGUCAAGGCGCUGUAUGAUCCUGGUUCACGAAUAACAUUAAUAAAUUCAAAAUUAGUUCAGGUGACGAAUAUAAAACCUAAUUAUUGUUAUGACACAAUAAAAACAAUAAGUGGAGGAGAUCUUUUAAAGAAAUCACCAUCUGCUAGAAUAAUGUUUACAUCCUCAGGAUUAAGCUUUUUAGCUCAAUUUUCAGAGAGUAGAUUCAAUAAUGAUGAAACUAAUGAUCUAGAAUAUAACAGCUCCAAGUUUUGUAUCAUAGCCGCUGCAGAUAUCUUUGCUGAAAAAUUCAAGAAGUACAAUAUCACUUCAAACUCUUUUCAUCCAGGUCUUGUCAGAACAGAUAUGUCACGAAGAGUAAUGGAUCGUCAAAUGUCCUGGCCACAAUUUAUUUUAGGAUUAUUUGUAUUUGCUCUAACGAUGGUUGUUGGAAAGACGGCUGAAGAAGGUGCUCAAACUGCCAUACAUCUAGCUUGUGCAAACGAAGUUGACGGAGUAACAGGAAAAUUUUUCGCUGAAACGGUGCCAACAUUUAAGCCGGGAUUAGCUCAUGAUCAAUCGCUUUGCAAUGCUAUUUGGUUGCAUUCUGAGAGAGUUGUUGGACUUAAAGAAGAAGAAAAAUUGUUUUAA